UACACGAAUUGUUUGCAGCGCAAAUGCAUUUUGAAGUUUAUAUAUUACAAGUAUUUAUCCGACAAGUGUUCGAUGUCCACAAAGAAUCGCUAUUUAUGAAAAGGGCGUGGAAUUACGCAUCAUGUUGAAACACAAGCUCGAUAGGCAAACGAAGGCUCUUGAUCUAAGAAAACCUGAAUCACUGCCAACAAUCGACCAAAAAUUUUAUGCCUUUGAAUGCAAGUUGAAUGAAGAACUAGCGCAGCUUGAGUUGCCAAAGGAGAUUUCUUGUGUUUACAAUCCCGUCGAGUAUGCGUCAGACUUACAUUGCGCAUAUUUAAAAAAGUAUUUAAGUGGAACCAAAAAUGUUGUGUUUAUUGGCAUAAAUCCUGGGCCAAAGGGGAUGUGCCAGACAGGCAUACCUUUCGGCAACGUUGGCACUAUCCGUAAUAAGAUGCAACUUUCUGGUGAAGUGCAACAGCCGCCCUUGUUACAUGCUAAACGACCUGUUACAGGUUUAAAUUGCAGAACUGAGGAGCAGAGUGGAUUACGUUUGUGGAAUCUAUUUGAGGAAUUGGCUGGUAGCCUGGAUGUAUUCUUUCAACAAUGCUUUGUCCACAACUUAUGUCCUUUGGCGUUUUUUGAUGAAAAAGGUGGGAAUGUAACCCCUGACCACCUGAAGGGCGAAUACAAGACGUUGAUAAGAGACAAGUGCUUGAUGACAUUAGAGAAGCAGCUCGAAUUGUUGCGGCCACAAUUUGUUGUGGCUAUUGGAUCGUGGAUUGAGAUAGAGCUUAAAAAGAGAUCUUCUUAUUGUAAAUCAAACGCAACAGUGAUUCGUUUGAAACACCCAAGUAUGCGUGUGCCCAACAAUACAAAGUGGGCAGAAGAGGCGAAAGCAUUGCUGGAGGAAAAAGAUCUAAUCAAAUACAUAUGUAAUAAGCCAUAAGAGUGUUAAGCGAAGAAAUGGAAGUUCACCUGAAA